AAACGAUUGACCUUCAAGGGUCGAGUGCUCUAGGUCGGUCUCCGCAUGGCUAGGGGACUAAUUGGGAAUAUGGUCUCUGAAGCCCUGGUGGGUCUUGACCUGGUUUUCACGAAUGACGUAUCUUCGCAAUAUUCUUCAGCUCUCUCGUCUGGGUUUUCAUUUCUUUGCAUAGACUUGUUUCAUCCAAAAUCAAUUGUUGAAUAUCUGUCAGUUACCUCUGGUGGUCCUGAUCCACGUUCUGACCUUGCCUACGAAAAAAAUGGUAUGAAACUACUUUCGUUUCUGUCAGACUUUAGGCAAAAGCAUCACGAAGUCGUUGGUAGGUAAGGUGUCGACGACGAUUGAUGUUGAUGCUGACAUAAUAUCCAUCCGUCAAUCGGGUGCUCAACUAUUAAUGAAGGAACUUAGUUGGGCUGCACAUCUAGGCUUGCCUGCCGUUAUCGUCAGAGUUAAUCGCCCAAACAGUCCUAAUCUGGCCAGGUUACUAAUAAAUUUUAUACGUGGAGAAUAUACCCCGAUUAAGAUAUGGCUAGUAUUUCCAAUGGUAAUCAAUUUCAACAGCUCUAAUGAAAUGAGUAAAGUGGAAAACAAGGAAUCAACACCGGAUGAAUUAUCAUUCUGUUCACCCUGGCACUGGUGGCUAAAUCUAUCUACCAUGACAGCUGAUAUCUCAGACGCUCUUGGCAUUGUUCUUGAGAUACCAAAUGACCUACCCAAUGAGUCAGUGAUUUCAAGAUGGUUUAGUGAGCCUGUGGUUUGUUUGUUGAUUGAUACACAGCUGUUCCUGACCAAUUCCAAGGGCUACCCUGUACUACCAAAGAGUCAUCAGUAUAUCAUCAACCGGUUCUUCAAGCUGAAUGUACAAAUUGUACUGACUGGUGCCUGUCGAAAUGAUAAAGGUUAUGCAGCCUAUCAACAAUAUAUUGCAUGGCUUUGGCAAUCUCAAGAUGCUCCUGACUUGUAUGAAGAACAAUCAAAGGGAUUAGAAGAUCAAUUACAGGAACCUUUGCAACCACUUCGUGAUAACUUAUCUUCUACAACAUAUUCAAUUUUCGAAAUGGAUCCGUUUAAAUAUCAAGCGUAUGAAACUGCAAUUUACAAAGCUCUUUGCGACCGUUUAUCUAAAUAUAAUGAAUCGAAUACAGUUAAAGAAAAAUGUCUUACCAAGCCUUCACAAUCAUUACAAACUAAAGAGCAUUUAAACGCUUUUAUCAAUCAUAAUUCAAAUAUUUGUCAAGUAGUUAUGGUAUUGGGUGCAGGUCGUGGUCCCCUUGUCAAUGCGACUAUAAAUGCUGCUGAAAGAGCUCAAUGUAAAGUUCGGAUAUAUGCAAUUGAAAAAAAUCCAAAUGCAUUGUGCACAUUACGUUCUAGGAUAAAUCAUGAAUGGCAAGGAUUAGAUGUACAACUAAUUGAAGGUGAUAUGCGUAAUUUAAAAACACCAGAAAAAGCUGAUAUAUUUGUCAGUGAACUACUUGGUUCAUUUGGUGAUAAUGAAUUAAGUCCAGAAUGUUUAGAUGGUGCACAACCAAUGCUAAAAGAUGAUGGAAUUAGUAUACCAUGUUCCUACACAUCAUAUGUUGCUCCUUUACAGUCCUUACAAAUAUAUAAUGAAACUAGACGAUCUAAAGAUGUGGUAAGUGGUUGGUUACUCUGAUUUGUUUCCAAGUUUUUAGAUAUAAUGAAGAGCAGUAAGUAUUAUUGUUAUUAUUCUGUGUAAAUUAUAAAUGAUAAUCGAAGAUCCAAUAAACUACACUUCAGCGUAGUUGAGAUUAGCAUUGAAUAAGUGAAUCUCCUUCGCAACAGUCGUUUUAACGUUUUUUUGUGGAUCCGUUUCAUGUAUCCUAUCUCAGCAACUUUUUGUAUUGAGAAAACAAUGGGCAUCUGUUGAUUAAGUGUUACGUUGUUGCUGUUGAGUUCAGUCAUGGUUACGAACUAUUUUGUUGUGUAACGGCACUACAUAACCGCUUGACAAUUCAAUGUUUCAUACUUGAACUAUGUGUACAAAGGUAGUAACAUAUGCACAAGCGAUUCACUCAACCGUAGUUCUAAUAUUUUUGGCUUUUUAUGUGUGAUAGACUAGUUGCUAAUUAUUGUUACAUUAUACAGUCAUUCGAGUCUAAUGCUAAUACACAAGAUUCCUAAAUGCAAGCUCCAAACCAUCUUAUUAAGUAAAAGCAACUUUAUUGGCUAUGAUUGAAUCGAGAAUAUAUGCACAUUCAUGAAUACACAUCUUUUUCCCUUGGGGAUAAGGUCGACAUUAAAAUGAAUAUGAUAUUUUUUAAAUUAGUUACCAAUUGUCAUCCCACCCACAUUGUUUUAAUUUAUUCCAGACCAGUCCCAGUGACUGGUUAAGUGGUUGCUUUAAACUUGAAGAGACAAAAUUACCUUGAUAAAUGUUUUACUUCAUUAAUUGUACCUUUUUCAAUACUGCAGACCAAUAGAGUCGGGCAUUCCAUGGAAACACCUUAUGUUGUUCGACUUCGUAAUUGUCAAAUAUUGAGUUCACCUCAACCAGCGUUUACAUUUGAACAUCCAAAAAAAGAAUCGAAUCAGUCAAAUGCACGUGAAGUGUGUUGUAGCUUUAACAUUCAACAAGAUGCCGUUGUACAUGGAAUUGCCGGUUAUUUCGAAGCAAUUCUCUAUAAGGACGUAACACUCAGUACACAUCCGGACCGUCAUAGCCCUCAAAUGGUAUCUUGGUUCCCAUUGGUAUUCCCAUUCGAGUAUCCAAUCCAUGUUCGUUCUAAAGAUAAGAUCACCUUGUAUCUCUGGCGUAAUGUAAGUAGUCGGUAUGUGUGGUAUGAAUGGGUACUAACAGAACCGCGACCUACAAAAAUUCACAAUGCAGCUGGUCAUGUUUACAAAAUUGCACUUUGAUUAUCAUAUGUGAAAGACUGAGCUAUUACUUUUUUAAACUUUGUACAGACAUAAAAAUUGUUUGUCAAUAAAACUAUAUUUGCAUUAUAUUUUAAUCAUAAUGAAAUAAACAGCUUUCGAGCAA